CUCAGAAUGGGCACUUCCGGCGCGGCAGCCAAUCAGCGCUCGGAGCCGCACGUGAUCGCCGCCCUGUGACGCGCCAAGAUGGCGCUGUCCAGGGCCGCGGCCCGGGGCGGGCUCUGGCGCCUCGGCGCCGCCGCCCUGAGCCCCCCUCGGGGCCAGAUGCAGCCGCAGCUCGCUCUGGGCGUGUCCAGCUCCCCGGUGUGUUCCCAGCUCUGCCGCUCCCAGCUCCGUUCUCUCUCGUCCCGCGCCGCCUCCCGCGCCCUCGUGGCCGCCGCGGCCGCCGCAGCGCGGCGAGUGAGCGCCAGGUACGAGCGGUUCCUGGAGAGGAGCUUCCCCCGCUUCUACCUCCUGCACAGCACCUUCAAAAGUGGAGUGCAGGCGCUGUUCCUGGAGGUGCAGGAGAUCAGGAGGAUCAGGGCCAGGAUGUCCCAGCUGCAGCUGAGCCCUCAGCAGCUCCCGUACCGCGACAUGGAGCGCCUGCGCCAGUUCCGCAGGGACGUGCUCAAGAUCAUUCCCAUCGGGAUCAUCGCCAUCCCUCCCUUCGCCAACUUCCUGGUCCUGGUCCUGAUGUAUUUCUUCCCCCGGCAGCUGCUGAUCAGGCACUUCUGGACGCCCAGGCAGCAGGUGGAGUUCCUGGGUGCCUACGACUGCCGCCGCAGGGCCUCGUACCCGGCCGUGCUGCGGGGGCUGGCGCGGGCGGCGCGCUCCCUGCCCGAGCCCCAGCCCCGGCAGCUCCUGCUGCAGCUCUGUGCCCAGGUGCAGGGAGGUGCCCGGCCCCACCUGGCCCAGCUCCUGGCUGUGAGGAGUUCGUUCUCGGGGUCUCUGCUGGUGCUCAACAGGCUCCACGUGGAUCAUGUGAGAGCCCUGAGCCAGGUGCUGUUCCUGACCCCGCACCUCCCGGCCUUCUUCCUGCGGCACCGCCUGCGCAGCCACGUCCUGGAGAUCCGGCACCUGGACCGGGCCCUGCUGCACCUGGGCCUGGGGCAGCUCUCUGAGGAGGAGCUCCGAGCGGCCUGUUACCUGCGUGGGCUGAACUCCACUCAGCUGGGCCAGGCCGAGUGCCGGGCGUGGCUGGAGCAGUGGCUCAGGCUCUCCUGUGAGCUCCAAGCUUCCGAGGCCUCUCUGCUGGCACACAGCAUGGUCCUGCUGUCCCUCAACUGCGGGCAGCCCCCGGAGUGACAGCCCUGAGCCGGGCACGGCGGGCAGCUGCGUGCCCUCCCCGCAGCCUGGGGCUGCCAGGGCUCCCUGAGCCUCUGCCCGGCCCCCCUUGGCAGCCUCGGCGUGCCCAGGAGAGGCCGUGGCUCCCUGCUUGCACUGAUUAACUGCAGCUCGUUAAUUGCGGGGGAGAGCGAGCGGCUCCUUGAGCUGGGAUCUGCUGGAUGUUCCCUGGGAUCUCUGGGAUGUUCCUGUGGGAUCUCUGGGAUGUUCCUGUGGGAUCUUUGGGAUGUCCUGUGGGAUCUUUGGGAUGUUCCUGGAAGAUCUUCGGGAUGUUCCCGUGGGAUCUUUGGGAUGUUCCUGUGGGAUCUUUGUGAUGUUCCUGUGGGAUCUUUGGGAUGUCCUGUGGGAUCUGCUGGAUGUUCCCGUGGGAUCUUUGGGAUGUUCCUGUGGGAUCUUUGGGAUAUUCCUGUGGGAUCUUUGGGAUGUUCCAUGGGGUCUCUGGGAUGUCCUGUGGGAUCUUUGAGAUGUUCCUGGGCAAUCUUUGGGAUGUUCCCGUGGGAUCUCUGGGAUGUCCUGUGGGAUCUUUGGGAUGUCCUGUGGGAUCUCUGGGAUGUUCCCAUGGGAUCUGGUGGCCGUGACUCCCUGCUGGAGGGUUUUCCUCUGUUUCUUUUCUCUUCUGAGCAGUCUUAAGUGUCCCAGCCCGCCCUCAGGGGUUGGGCAGCGCCCUGGAAUUCCCACCGAGCCUCCCGGAUCCCUGUGGGAUCUCCCGAGGGCCCCGUGGGGUUCUGGGGAGCAGUGGAGGGGGCUGAGAGGCUGGGAGGGGCCGAGGGGGGGGUCCCAGGACUGCACCCCCCAAAUUCAGCCUCGCUGAAGCCCCUUUGACCUCUCCCCCCCCUGCAUUUCCCACUGGGGGGAUUUUGGGGGUUUAACUUUGCCCCCCCCCGGCCGAGGAAUUCCUGCUGGCAAAGGGGAUUUGCCCCACGCGUGGGUGGUUUGUUAAAGCCCAGAGGAUUUGGUGGCUCCGGGGGUUUUGGGGGUGGCUCUGGUGCCCCCCCCGAGGGGACUCCUGCACAGUUUCCCUUUCGAAGCGUUUUUGGGGUAUGAAGGGGUGGGGGCCACCCCCUUCCUGCUGGUUUUUGUGGAUUUCAGAGCCCCCCCCUGGAGGAUUUCACCGCUGGGGAUGUUUAACCCCUUUUCAGCCACGACUCACAUCUAAUUUAACCGUUUGUUUUCUUUUUCCACCUAAAUGUUCCCCUUAAAUACAGCAUUAUUCAGGAAAAAGGAGCCCAUUAUUAACGUGCCCAUUAUUCCUGGGCACGGCUGGGGAAAAAAAAAAGAAUUGUAACGUUGAAGAGAAGCUUUGUAUUCACAAAAUUUGUGAAAAUAAAAACAAAAAAUCCAGUGGGAGCCUGGAGGAAUUUAUGGGGACAUUGGAUUUUGGGGGGCAGGGGGACUCAAGCACCGGGAUCACCCAGGAUCUGGUGGAUUAAGUCCAAUAAAAAUUAUAUUAAAAUGCAAAGAUACCCUUGAGUUGCUGCAGGAACAUUGAGAUCUGGUAAAAGUAAAAUCAGUUCUGGUCUUUUGGGGCAGCACCAUCCGGCCCAGUUUGCCCAGUGCCCCCCAUCCCAGUGUCCCUGGCAGGUGCUGGGCACCCCCGAGGCAGAGGAGGGGGAAGUGCACAAAGGGUUAAUGAGCUGAGCUAAGGAGCAGGAGGGGCGGCUGGGCUCGCUGGUGUUUUA